AUGAAUGCUUUGAAAUACCAGGACAUUUUAAAGCAAAAUCUGGUGGCCUCUGCCCGAAAGCUGAAGAUGGGUCAUCACUGGGUCUUUCAGCAAGAUAAUGACCCUAAACAUGUGGCCAAAUCUACACAGAACUGGUUCACCAGACACAGAAUCAAGCUCCUCCCAUGGCCAUCUCAGUCCCCAGACCUCAACCCCAUUGAAAAUCUGUGGAGUGAGCUGAAGAGGAGAGUGCAGAGGAGAGGACCCAGGUCGCUGGAUGAUUUAGAGAGAUUGUGCAAAGAGGAAUGUACUUUCAAGGUGUAUUUGGGCGUCAGUGACACAACUUUGUUACCCACUGGUAUAGAUGUCGAUUCCUUUCCACAUCCAGGUUUCGAGAACAAGCCCGGGAAUGACAUCAUGCUACUAAAGCUUAAAACUCCAGCAACUUUGAACAAGACUGUGACUAUCAUUGACCUGCCAAAUCCUUGGAAUGACAAAAUGUUCAAGGACUGUUUGGUUAUGGGAUGGGGCUCGAUGAUACAUAAACAUUAUUCUCCAUCGACAGUCCUGAGAGAAUUAAACGUGACUCUGAAAAACCUCGCACAUUGUUUUGAACCUGACGUCAUAUGCAACGAAGACCCAUUCGGCCCAGCACAGGGAGACUCUGGAGGUCCUCUUGUCUGUAAAGAUAUCGUAAUGGGUAUUGUGUCUUUUAACCUGGAGAAGACCGAAGGCUACCUUACAGGAUACACACGUAUUUCUCAGCACCUUCUAUGGAUUAAUGAAAUCAUGAAGAAAAACAACAUAUGAAAGGCUGAGCCAGAUAAACACAAUAUGUGUAACAUUAACGCCAUUUAAAAAAAGAAUUUCUUCAU